AUGGAAGAUCAACAUAAUGACAUGAUUGUCUCGCAACGCGCCAAAUUGGCCUCGGACACCACGGCCCAGAAUCCGAUGUGGGACAUCUUCAGCAAUGUCUGGUGCCCAUCCACCAACCCGGGAGGCUACGUCAACGUCGGGGUAGCAGAGAACGCCCUGAUGCACGAUGAGCUCCUGAAAUUCUUGAACAAUAAGCUCGAACUACCCGCCAAAUAUCUCACCUACAACGACGGGGGUGGCGGUUCCAUCCGGCUCCGACGUGCGAUGUGCCAAUUUCUCAAUCGGCAUUUAAAACCAUUCACGCCGCUGGAUCCGGAUCACUUACUAGUGACGAAUGGAGUUUCCUCUGCCAUCGAGCACGUAUCCUGGGCAUUCGCUGACCCCGGCGAAGGGAUUCUACUUGGCAGACCUUACUACGGAACCUUUAUAAUGGAUAUCUCAAUGCGGUUCGGCGGCGAGGUUGUACCCGUGAAUUUCGACGAAGUCGAUCCCGUGAGCACCCAAGCCGUGGCGAAAUACGAACAAGCUCUCCUAGAAUUCCAGCAAAAAACGGGCAAACGGGUUCGUGGACUUAUGCUCUGCCACCCGCAUAACCCGCUUGGUCGGUGCUAUUCACGCGAAACAAUGAUCGAAUUGAUGCGACUUUGUCAGAAGUAUCGCAUCAACCUUAUCAGCGACGAGAUAUAUGCACUAUCAGUCUGGGAAAAUACUGUUGACGAGAAGGAUAAUCCUCCGCCUGUUAAGUUCGAGUCUGCCCUUUCGAUUGAUACAAGCGGUAUCAUUGACCCGCAACUCGUCCAUGUACUCUGGGGAAUGAGCAAAGACUUCGGCGCCAAUGGGAUUCGUCUCGGCGUUAUUAUUUCUCAGACUAAUCGGGAUGUACAACAGGCGUUGAAGGGCGUCUCGUUGUAUACCUAUCCCUCGGGAAUUUCGGACCACCUGGCCGCGCUGUUGUUAGAAGACUCUCAGUUCACGGAGUCUUAUAUCAAGGAGAAUCAGCUCAGACUUGCGGAUUCGUAUGCGUAUACGGUGCGAUUUCUGAAGGGUCAUGGUAUCGAGCAUGCGCCAGGGUGCAAUGCUGCUUUUUUCCUGUGGGUAAAUCUGGGCAAGACUUAUAAAAAAUUACACCCCGGAAUUUUGGAGUCGGAAGAAGUAGGCGACAAAGUUAUGGAUUUACUGUUGAGCCGCAGGGUUUUCUUAGCCAGUGGUACUUUGUUCGGGGCGGAGAGGGACGGCUGGUUUAGAAUUGUCUUUUCGCAGCAUAGGGGGCAUUUGGAGGAGGCUUUGAAGAGGAUAGUUGUGGCUUUGAAUGAUUAG